AUGCCUCGCAAAGCAGUCUACGGCAAGCCGUCGCAUUUAUAUUCCGGCUUCAGUAGCUUUCAGAGUCCUAUUAAACAACGAAAACAAGAGACGACUUCAUUCGAGGUCAUCGAGGUUGCCGAAGAGCUUUCGCGGCUGAGCGUCCAGACAAAAUUCGCGAACAAUGACGUUGAAUCCUCUCCUGAGCGAGAGGCGCUCUGCGAGAGAAUCGCAAACACCGAGAGACCUGUCAAGCUGGCUCGGCAAAGGACGACAAGCAGCGAAUCCGUGACCAGCACUGGAUCCGUCUCCCCGAGAGAGCGAAAAACAAAACAUGGGAAGCCCAAGAAGACACAGUCAGACAAACGACCAAAGAAACCUGUCAGCCAGGAGUCACAACCAGCAGCAUCAGACAUGUCAACUGAGAGUGUUACGGAAGAGCCUCAAGUGGCUGAAAUCGCAUCGCCCUCGCCAGUCACAGAGCCAAAGCCAAUAGAAUCACUCGAACUCGAUCUGGCCGCUUUGGAAAUAUCCAAACCUCGCAUCUCUAAUGUGUUCACCAAACACGCCGCAUCGUUACUAGCGCUUUCGUCUCAGGAUUUGACUUCCUUCUCCACCUGGUCUGAUCAGCUAUCUUCACAUUUUGCAGUGACCAAAAUCGCCGAAGCGUCUUUUGGUGAAGUCUACCGUCUCUCGCUUCUCAAAGCGCACUCCGCCUUAGGCAAGACGGAUGAGUCGGUGCUUAAGAUCAUCGCUCUCAAGCCGCCGACAUCGACAAAGAGGAAGAUGAGCAAGGCAGCCAAGAAGCGAACCGAAAUGAUGAGCGACCCUGAAAAUGUCGCCGCCGAAGUACGACUGAUGCAGCGCAUGACUUGCACACCUGGUUUCACAAACUUCCGCGAGAUUUGUGUACUGCAGGGCCGUCCUGGAGACGCCUUUGCAGCAGCUUGGUCGUCAUGGAAUGAUUCUCAAGAGACCAAGGGCAAGGAGGUUAGCGUGUUCCCUGAUCCCAGCAAGAAGGCGAGUUACUCGGAGGAUCAGCUGUGGGCUGUCAUUGAAAUGCAAGACGCCGGCACAGAUCUCGAAAACACAAAGGUAGCCAAUGUCUGGCUUGCUUGGGAUAUCUUCUGGGGAGUCGUGCUAGCGCUGGGCAAGGGAGAAGAGGCUGCCAGAUUUGAGCACAGAGAUCUGCAUAUGGGCAACAUUUGUGUGUCCGGUCUCAACAAUGCUGCAUAUUGUCGCGAAGCAGACUAUGUUCCGACAAGCUCAAGCAAGAAGCUCGACUUUACAGGCAUCGAAACGACGCUCAUCGACUACACCAUCUCACGAGCAGAGAUGGGUAUUUCAGAAGACGAGGAGGAUGUUGCAUAUCUUGAUCUUGAAAGAGAUCUGGCAUUGUUCGAGGGUGAUGCUGAGGAGGAAUACCAAUACGAGAUCUAUCGAUACAUGCGUUCUGCCAUGUACUUGGGCGAGCCUCUCGGUGAUCUCUGGGAGAGAUGGGACGAAGCUGAAGAGUCGGGAAGGACUUGGAAAGGAUACCACCCACAGACGAAUCUUGUGUGGUUACAUUUUGUCCUGCACAAGCUUGCCGAACAGAUUGAGUGGCCCAGCUCGGGUAAAGGCAUUCGGGAUGAUGUAGCAGCACAGAGAGCAGAAGAGCUUGAAGCAGCGCUACUCAAAGUGGAUCGGCUAUUGGACCCCGAGGAGAUGCCACAGAGCGGGCUCAGAUGUGCGAGCGAUCUGGUGGUGCUCGCUCUUGAUGAAGGGUGGCUGGACAAGGAAGACGUUCAAGGCAGGGCAGGGUCAACGACAAAAACGACAAAGCGCAAAGCAAAGACCACCCGGUCGAGGAGAUAG